UCGGUGUAGUAUGAUCCAAUAUUGAUGUUGAGUGAAGAAAAUAAAAACAAUCAAUGAAAGUGCCAUAUAAUAACACAAAUAAUAAAUGGAAUGCUGAAAAUUGAUUCAAAUAGAAUAAAUUGAGAAAAGUUUGUCUACAAUAACACGAAUUAAUAGAAGAAGAAUCGAAAACUUAUUUGCAAUACAAUUUGUGUUCUUAGAAGUGACACUUGGUUGAUUACAGCAGCAGCUGUAAACGAGUCGCAGUAUUUUGUAAUUGUUAUUGAAUGUUACCUUGGCAACGCAUCACGCAUUGAUAGGUAACGAAUUUGUAUACUGAAGCUGCACACCAUUUCAAAUAUGGGCGACGAUCAAAUAAGUGACGAAAUUACUUUUACACCCAACUUUUCAGGAGAGGAUAAUUGCACAUGUGAUACGCAUCAGCACAGGGAUGAGCCGCUACGUAUGCUGCAUAAUGAAAUUCUGAUAAAUAUAUUUUCCUAUUUGCCAUAUACCGACUUGACGCAGACUCGUUUGGUUUGUCAUCUUUGGAGGGAAGUCAUCGCGUACAAGCGGUUUGCGAACAAAUUCCGUUUGCGACUCAGAGAAGAUAAUAUGCUGGAUAUUUGGAAGCAACUACAAACCGGGAAUUUCGCAUCGGGAAUGGUGUAUCGGCACAUGGUAUACAUGGGCAGCGAUUCCACACAGCUCGAUGAGUUGGAAUUCAUUCUGCAGAAAAUUGGCUCAAAUGUGCGAAAUCUAAAGCUCAAAACCUUUUUUGGUCUCAACAGCAUGUAUGUGUGCUUUCCAAACAUAGAACGUCUAGUACUUGAAGAUCUAUAUGUAUUCCCUUUGAAUGUGCCAUUCGAAUUGAAUACAUUUGGCAAUUUGAAAGGACUUCAUUUUGUGGACGAUGCAGUAACACAAAGUACAUCUGAAGCUUUACUCGCUACUUGCCUACGUGAAAGUACCGCUGUGAGGCUGGAGGAAUUGAGCAUACGCGUCUAUGCGGAGCACGCUGAUCUAUUUUUGUCGGUGGUGAAGCAUCAUGCCGACACCUUGAAAAGUCUGCAUGUCGUCUAUUUUGAAUCAAUGAAUGAACAAAAUUCACUGGUUAAAAAAUGGAUAGAAGCUUUCGAUCAAUUGAAGAAGUUGCAGAAAGUUAAAAUUUAUGCAGGUAAUACGCUGAUAUUUGAGGGAUCAUUGAAGUGUUUCGUAGGCUUGCCAUUGCGAUACUUGGAAGUGGAUUGUUUGCGGCCUGUAAACCCAAAUAUCUUUAAACUGCUGGAAUCGUGCGCCAAAUCACUGGAGCAUUUGGCGUUUUUCAACUUCUACUUACCCAAACACAUAGCCGGCACAAAUACAAUAAGCGAGUGCUGCCACAACUUGAAAAAGCUUAUAUUGAGCUACACGCGGCUUAUCGAAGAGGAUGAGCUAUGCCAUAUAGCACGCAAUCUUGCUGGCUUAGAAGUUUUAGACCUAAAAUACUGUAAGAAUGCGGUAACUAACAAAUCGCUGGCUGCGAUUUUCAAACACCUGACACAAUUACGUGAACUGGAUCUGAGUGGUAACAACGAUUUUAACCUUGAUGCACUAACGGGUACCGUCGAUAACCCAUACCCGAUUCAACGUCUGCGGGGGUUAGAAAAGUUGAACCUGAAAUCAUGCCAGCAACUGUCGAAUGACGAAUUUUUAGAGACGUUAAAGUUUCCCUUUCUACGUAGUUUAAACUUUGGACGUGGCUUAUAUACCGACAGUGGCAUUCAGGUUUUGGUAAGGCAGUGCCCGCUUUUGGAAGAAUUGAUUAUAACUUAUUGCCCGACAUUGGGGCGGAGCGCUCUCUUUUGCAUAGCGAAGGCUUUGCCGCGUCUGCGCGUACUACACUUCUUGCACUGCGCUCAGGUGGACAAGUCGGUAAGGCUUAUUUUAUAUAAUGAGUGUCCUCUGUUGGCGGAUUUAGAAAUUUCUGAGAAACGAACAAAAGUAAAAACAUACUUUCAUCAAUAGAUUUCGUUAACGAAAUUUUUAUUUAUAACAAUAAAAAAAUAUUUUUUUUUUAAUAAUUAAUUUAUAACAAUAAUUAAUUUUUAUUACUAUUUAUAACAAUUUAAAAAUUAAUUUUUGCGUUUUUAAAACCGUAAUAUUUGUAUCCAAUAAAAACAUUAAAAUGAGGUAGUUUAUGUACAUAAUUACAUAAUUUAAUAAUUUUAGAAUUUAUAAAAAGAAAUAUGAAAAAGGCAAAAAACGCUUCUUAGAAUGCCAAUGUGAUUAAUUCUUUUGCAAACAUUUACAAAAUAGACAAAAAAAUUUAGUAUACGGAUUAGUCUUAAACAUUUUUAUAAAGUUGUACAUAAAAUGUGUCCAUUAAUUGUAAUUUAAUUUAUUGAAUGUGCAAUAUCGUACACGGUAGGCAGGAAGCAUCGAUAGGUUGCACAAAAAUGUCGACAAAAACUGCAAGCUGGGUUGUAUUUGUUGAUGAUUAUAGGUGCAAAAUCCGUUGGAAUUGAAAUCCUACCUGCUCCUUUUCAAAAGUUAUUCAUAUUUUUAUAUUUCAGGUUGGGACAAUUCGGAAUAAAUAUCAAAAGUUAUUUUCUAAAUAGAUAUGUAAAAGUGUUGUAUACUCAAUACAUGGUAUAUAAUACGUAUAUCAACAUUAUGUAGCUAUAUUAUAUAUAAUAGUUACGAUAAAUGCCGCUAGGUGGCAGAGGGCAGUCGAGUGCUUCCCGCAAUAAAAAAGUACAGUUUAAACUAUUAAUAUUAGUGUUUUCAGGCAAAUGUAUUUUCUAGUUUUAGAAAUUCUUAUAUGAGAAGAUUAAUUAAUAAUGAAUAGUCAGCUGAAUAGUCGGGUGAAAAGUCAGCAUCCGCUUUAUAAAUGCGAUCAUGAAGAAAAUCGCACAAAAGUAUGUGCUCUUUGUGGGGAAAAAAUUAUUCUCCAAAAUAAACCUUCCCAUCAUUUCUUGCUAUCUGAAAAACAUAUUGAAGUUAUAAAAAAGCACAUUAAUGGUGAAUUUAAUAUUUAUAAUAGUAAAUUCCCAAAAAGUUUAUGUAGCUCUUGCCGACUAACUAUAAAUGAAUAUGGAAAUGAUAUUUUCAAAAGACCUUGUCCAACUAUGCCCAAUUACGAGGAUCUUUAAUUAUUUGUUGUAAUUGUUACAUCUGUCUAACAGCACGAGUUACGAGUCAUAAAAAACAAAAAAAAGGUAGAGGUCAAAUUAGGGAUUUCUCUACAAAUAUUGACGUAAAUAAGUGUUUUGAUGAUACUUCGCAAUAAAAAGAUUUACUGCAAUAAAAAGAUAAUUCGAAACAUCCCAAGAUGGUAUUAAACAAAGAUCAGUUGUGUAUGCUACUGCAUCAGCACUCGUAGACUUUGUCUUUGAAAAUCGAAACAUUGAACAUAUUGAACAAUCAAAAAUAAAAGUAAUGGCAGACGGAGGACAAGAUUUCUUCAAAGUUUCUCUUUCGAUAUCAAUUCCAGAAGACGACUUGAAAGAAAAUGACUUGGAUAAAAGUAAAAGUGUUUCAACUUACUCUACUGGUGGAAGUAUGGCAAAUAAACGUAAGUUGACUAGUGUAUUUAAAUUGCUUUUAUUAGGCAUAGUGCCUCGGACUAAAGAGACCUAUGAUAAUUUUAAAAUUUUGGUUGAAUUGACGAAACUCAAUGAGAUACCAUUUAAAUUUGUUGGAGAUUUAAAGCUCGUUUUAUUGGUCAAUGGGCAGCAAACUGCAACGGCUUUCUAUCCUUGCCCUUAUUGCUUCGUCACAUUAAAUGAAUUAAAAAGUUAUAAUAAAAUGAUUGAGGAAAAUUAUAUAAGCAGUGAUGACAAAAAUCUUGAUUUAAAGACCUACAAGCAUUUUAAAGAUGACUACUUUAAAUUCAAGAGCUUGGGUAAUGACAAAAAA